AUGUCACCAUCUCCGAUCACGAGCCCCCACCACCAACCACUAUACAUACACCCUCCCUCCCUCCCUCACAAACCACAAACUUCCAUGGCUGCCAAUGGCUCAGACCAGCAUGUCUCCCUCGAUCAGCAGUUCUAUGAAGACCUGGUCAAGAUCGUUGUGCCCAUGAUCUUUGCUGGCCACAUCAUCUCGCUCUCCAUUGUUGGGCUGGCCAUCUUUCUAAUCCUCAUACCUAUGUUUAUGAUCUUAAUCCCGGUGUUUAUCAUAAUGAUCCCCGUAUUGUUCCCAGCUUCCUUUAUCUUUUGGAUAUGUAGUUACCUCACCGGAGAGCACCCUAUUGGGGCAGAUCAGUUGGAAGAAGUUCGCAAGAAGAUCGUGAAGGCUGCAGUCGGUUUUACCUACAACUGGAUUUGA